AUGGAUGAAGACGGCCAGGAAUCCCAGGCUAAGAAUGUGCCAGAUAAAGCCAGCGAACUCGAGCAGACAUCAUCUGCCAGAAAUGUCAGACUAAGAUGGAUGCUGCCUAGAACUAUUUGUCAUGGUCUGGUGAUUUUUACCUUGGGAAUGACUGUAGCCAUGAGAGGCCCUUCCUUCAUUGACCUUCAGCUCAUCUCAGGGGCAGAUGUCGAGGCUGGCUCCUACUAUUUUUCAGCCAAUGCACUUGGUUACGUGGUCGGUGCUUUGUUUACUGGCUGGAUAUAUUCCAGAGUGAAGGUUAAAAACAGACUGAUCAUUGCACCGAUGCUCAUCUCUGGCAUCCUGUUGGCGGCUACUCCAUGGUGUGCUGAUUUUGUGUUGAUGCUUGCAAUAAAUGGGGUUGUGGCCUUUUUCUGGGGCAUUUAUGAGACCACUUUAAAUGCAGAAGAAAUCAAAGGUUGGGAAGGCAGCAGUUACUCAGCCAUGCAGUUUCUCAGCUUCUCCUAUUCUGUUGGAGGAGUUGUUGGGCCUCUGAUUGUGGAGCCAUUCCUUGCCCCCAAGACUUUAGAUGUCAUUUUAAACUCUACACAUCACCAGAACAUACUCUCUACCCCAUCAUCAAUGUAUGCCUCGUUAUAUACUCAGAAUCAAACAGACCAUGCAUAUUCAGUUAGCAUGUUACUAGAGCAACAUCAUUCAACAGGUUCAGUGAAAGAUUACUACCAACUUGAUAACCGCAAGAUAGUAGAGUCCCACAGUUUGUACAAUUCAAGUUUUCCUAGCAGUGGAAGAGAAUCACUGGCACUGAAGUCAAAUAUACACAUUGCCUAUUUUAUCGGUGGCGCUAUAGUUGUUCUGUGUUGUAUUCCACUGUGUAUAGUUCAUGUUUGGACACGGAAACAUCUGCCAGUCUGGCAAAUGGAGGAUGGUAAUAAAGACACAAACCAAGGGAAAUUACCCCUGUGGUUAUAUGUUAUCUUAACAGGGGCCAUAAGCAUGUUUUAUUUUUUCUACACAAAUACUGAUGACCCGUACUCUAUGUAUUUGUCUGUUUUUGUGGUCAGCCAUCUUGACUGGAGUAAACAAGAUGGAGCCAUUAUAUCUGCUGUAUUCUGGGGCUGCUCAACCGCAGCAAAACUUGUGAUGAUCUUGGUUGUGCGGUUUGUCAAUGCUAGCGCCUUGCUGCUGCUGAGUUUAUUGAUGAUGGUAGUCUUUAUGGGCACGUUGACGGUCAGCGCACACUUUCAUGUCCACUGGAUGAUAUGGGCUUGCACAGCUGGCCUUGCCUUGUCCCAGGCUGCUGUCUUCGGUGGCGGGGUUGCUUGGGCAGAUGCCAAUAUCCUCGCUGUCGAUGGACGGGUCACUAGCUAUAUAAUGAUCUUUGCAUCUCUAGGGGUUAUGAUCAGUCCUCUGAUACUUGGUGCCACAAUGAAGGAGUUGUCUCCCAUGGCAUUUCUGUACACACUAACCAUUGCGUCUUUCUUAACAUUUUCCAUUUUCCUGUUCAUGCUUGUGAUAUUAAAGCCUUAUGUUGCUAAACAUUAUGGCAGCCCUAGGCCACAAACUGCCGACAUUGUUGUACGAGAACAGCAAGAGAAUUUAGUUGGUCAUGAAUUAAAAAUGAACAAUUUAGAAGUUAAAUUUUCUUCAGGAAAAUGA